AUGAGCUCUUCCGCCGCGCCCCUCGCAAGUGAUGCUGGCUCUCUGCGUCAGCGCCAGAGGCGGACGUCCGCGGCUGGUAUCAAGGAUGAUCUAAACCCCUCAACCGCCGCGGACGACCAGUCCAAAGACUUGGGGCAAAAGCCCAACAAGACGUUUGGCCGAACCCCCGAUGGCACAGUCUUCACCGUCCCUACCACGCACGACAUGGUGUCGCAGCUGCUCGAUCCCAGACAGCCCAAGAACCUCUCCGAUGUGCUCGUCUUGGCCAUUCUCGCCCUCCAGAUUGUUGCGGCCUAUUUCGUGCCCGGCAACCUGAAGCGCCCCCUGUUCGCCCUCGUCUUCCUCUUCUGGCGAGCCUCGUACAACAUUGGCAUCGGAUACCUCCUCACCAUCCAGUCCAAUCACCGCAGACUGGAGACGUGGGCCUUACGAUGGAAGCUCUUUGAGCACCCCUCUUCGGGAAAACAGCCCCGCCCUUGGCUCUACAACAUGUUGAAGCGUGAGCUCGAGGCCAAGAUCCCCGAGGACUACGAGUUCGAGAAAGCUCCCAUGGAGUACAACACCUGGCUAGUCUUCCGCCGUGUCGUCGAUCUGAUCUUGAUGUGUGACUUUGUCUCCUACUGCCUCUUUGCCGUGAUCUGCGGUCACACACCCGCCGGCGAGAACCCUCUUGUCGGCGUGGGACGAUGGUCCAUCGGCAUCCUCUUGGUCCUCUUCAAUCUCUGGGUCAAGCUGGACGCCCACCGCGUCGUCAAGGACUACGCUUGGUACUGGGGUGAUUUCUUCUACCUUGUCGACCAGGAGCUGACCUUUGACGGCGUUUUUGAGAUGGCCCCGCAUCCCAUGUACUCCAUUGGCUAUGCCGGUUACUACGGUAUCUCCAUGAUGGCUGCGAGCUACGAGGUCCUCUUCAUCUCAAUCAUUGCCCACCUCGCCCAGUUCGCCUUCCUCGUCGUUGUUGAGAACCCACACAUUGAGAAGACGUACAACCCGCCUGCUCCGCGUAAGCGCACUGCCUCGACGCCGCUGACCGGCCAGCCGGAGCUCGUCGCCAUCAAGUCAUCAGACAACGAAGAGAUCUUGGUUGACCAGGCCGCCGCGGCCCAGGAGUCGUCGCCCGAGGCGCCUGCGCAGGUGCACAACUUGAUUGGCUUGAACAACCUCGACCUGUUCCGCAUCACAGACACCUCGGUUCUGUUGCUUGGCUUCUACAUGGCUGUCCUGACCAUUGUGACCCCGUCGACGUCGCUGUACCAAGUCCUGUUUUUGCUGCAUGCUCUGUUCUGGCGCGUCUGGUACCACCUCGGCCUGGGCGCCAUCCUCGCGUGGCAGUCUCGCAAUAAGUUCUGGACGAGACACUUCCUCAAGUAUGGCGAGAGCCACACCGAGGCCUGGAAUCAGUGGAAGGGCAUGUACCACCUGAGCUCCGUCAUGUGCACGGGAUCCUUCAUCGCCGCGUGCUGGAAGAUGUACUCGCCGCCAGAGGACUGGGCGUACGGCUGGGUCCUCCUUAAGCACGUGGUCGGCGCCGGGCUCGUUUCCCUUCAAGUCUGGACGUUCAUCAGCGUGUACGACUCCCUUGGCGAGUUUGGCUGGUUUUAUGGUGACUUCUUUUACGACUCCACCGCCAGACUCACGUACAAGUCCAUCUACCGCUUCCUCAACAACCCCGAGCGCAUCUUUGGCACUGCUGGCCUCUGGGGUUCUGCCCUCAUAACAUGGAGCAGGGCCAUCUUCGUCAUGGCUCUGGUCAGCCAGCUGUUUACGUUGGGCUUCAUCAACUUCAUUGAGAAGCCGCACAUGCAAAAGACAUAUGGUCGCGGCAUCCGCCAGGAAGCCGGCCUGACCAAGUUUAUCAAACGUUCCCUGCCACCGCCCGUCCAGGGCUGGCAGCGCGGUGUCGACAAGGUCAUUGACGACACGGCACAGUUCAUUGAAGAGUUCCUCGAUACCGCUCGCCCCAAGUUCGCUUCUGGCAUCAAGACGAUCGUCCGCGACACCUCGGCCCUGUUCAACAAGUACCCGGCUCGUCUGACAGUCACACGCCUGUCUCCUGACCUGGCUGGCCUGGACCCCAAGCUCUACUCCCUCUCCGUCAAAGGCACGCCCUCAAGCCUGUCGGCCGCCAACGAGCGUGCCACGGGCAAGGAGGGUCUGACGGCCCGAUUCCACCGCGGUGUCGAGACGAUGAUUUUUGAAUAUGGCUCCCCGUUGAAGGUCAAGUGGCGCGCUCCCGCGAAGCACGAUAGCAAGGACUGGAUUGGACUCUACAUGGUUACCGAUAACCGUUCUCGAGAAGCGACCGAGGUGUCGUCCCUGGGCCGGUGGGUGCCUACCACGCCCGGCAGCUACGAUGCUGCCACCGCCGACAAGGCCAUCUUGGUUCCCGACCGGCCGGCUCGGAAGCGAGACGCGUCGGAUCCCGACAUUGUCGAGGGCGAGGUCAUUUUCGAGGGUGAUCGACUGUGGUGGACUCAAGGUGUCUUUGAGUUCCGCUACCACCACGCCGGCAACCAUCACGUCAUGACCAUCUCCCAGCCCUUUGAGAUCCGCAUCGGCAAGUUUGACGAGGACGAUGUCGAGGUUGACGCCAACGGCAUGUACGAGAAGGCCGUUGAGCAAGCCCUGCUGCCUCUGGUGCAGAACUGCUGCGACCGCGACCACGAUAUCGCGCCCACCACUGUUGACGAGCCGUUUGGCGGCCACGUCGAGCGGGACAGCAAGUAUGCCAAGAGAAUUGUCUACGCCAUCCACCAAAUGUUUGGUAUCGAAUUCGCCCCCGCAAUCGUGCCCGCCGACGGCAACGUCAAGAAGAUGGCCUGGCGAAUCUGCAACGCGAAGCAGGUUCUGGUAAGUGAUGCUGUGCUUGUUCACGUUACACAAACUGACAAUCUAUAG